AUGGUCAAACCACUCAGUUUCAAGGGCGACAAGAAGGUCAAGAAACGCAAGCGCACGCGUGACGAAGAUGAAGAGGGACAUGGUCCAGCGGCGAAAGAUAUCAAAGCCGGCGCAUCGCAAAAGCAAGACGACGACGACGACGAAUCGUGGGUAUCGGCAGACGCAGUGAAAGACGUCGCAGGCCCCGUCAUCUUCGUGCUACCCACAAGGCCGCCGACAUGUCUCGCUUGUGAUGCCAAUGGCAAGGUGUUCGCCAGUGCGGUUGAGAACAUGAUCGAAGAGUCGCCGUCGACCGUCGAGCCGCACGACGUCAGGCAAGUCUUCAUAGCAAAUCGCAUCGCGGGCACCGAUACCUUCAGCUUCAAAGGUCAUCACGGCAAGUAUCUUAACAGCGACAAGUUUGGUAUUCUCUCAGCUACACGCGACGCCAUCUCGGCUGAAGAACAGUUCACCUUGCUACCCACCGACAGUCUCCUCUUCAGCGUACGCACUACACGCGAUGCCUUCUUCUCUGCCACAAAAGACACCGCUGUCGAGGUCAGAGCAGAUGCCGACGACCAUACUAGCCCGACCUGUGCCAUCAGAUUGCGUAUGCAGGCACGCUUCAAGCCUGUCCACAAGGCCGCAAAGGAGGAAAAGGCAAACGAGAAGAUAAGCAGGGCCCAACUCGAACAAGCUGUCGGUCGCAAGCUCGAGGACGACGACGUAAAGCUACUGAAGAGGGCUUGGAGAGAUGGCACCUAUCACGAGGCUCUGCUCGAUGUCAAGGUCAAGGGCAAGCACGAUAAGUUUGCUUAA